CCUUCACUCACUAGCCUCCGCCUUCUCGCUCUCCAGUCUCGCGCGGGCGCGGGGGCGUCCUAUUCUUAGGCGCCCGCGCCGAGCGAGGGGCGCGCGGUUAAGCGAGACCGCCCGCGCCACACGCGUCCCCCCUUUCCUUCCCUCCCUCGGGGCUCCAUGGCCGCGGCCGCGACGUCGGCGUCCACGGCAACCACCUGCUCGUCCUCGUCCACCAGCCCCGGCCCGCACCGCAGGCGCCAGCUCAACGACAUCGAGCGCGACGCCCCGCACGACGACUGCUGCACCUCCUCCUCGUCCAACUGCUCCUGCUGCUGCGGCGCCGGCGGGGGCUGCGCGCACGACGACGCCGAGUGCGGAGGCCUCCACGGGCACGCGCACGCGCACGGGCACGCCGCCAGCGCCACGCCCUGCCUCGGGAGGGCGCCGCUGUUGGCGCGGAGGAAGCGCGCCGCGGGCGGCGCGCCGGGCCGGGCGGCCUGGAUGAGGGCCAUCGUGCUCUGCCUCCUCGGCCUCGUCGCGGUCAUCGGGUUCCUCGGCUCGCAUCGGGGCGGCGGCGGCGGACGCGCGGCCACGGGCGGCGAUGGCGGCGCCGACGACGGUGGCGGCGGGCUCGUGCACAAGGUGGAGGUGACCGACGCCGACGUGAUGGGGUGGACGGAGGAGAACCUGACGGCACUCGCGCGCCGCCCGCCGGUACCUGAGAUAUGGAUGAAACCAGAGAGUGAGGGCUACAGACAGUGCAUUGAACGGCCAAAGAAUCACCGCAGUAAUUUCAGGACUAACAAUGCAACUGUCGGUUACCUGAUCGUUGAUGCAAAUGGCGGGCUAAACCAGAUGAGAAUGGGAAUAAGUGAUAUGGUUGCAGUGGCGAAGAUCAUGAACGCGUCGCUGGUGAUCCCUACUCUGGAUCAUCAGUCAUUCUGGACUGACCCAAGUGAUUUCAAAGACAUAUUCGACGUAGAUCGCUUCAAGGAGACAUUGAAGGAAGACAUUGUGAUUGUGGAUUCCCUUCCACCAGAUUUCAGAAGGGUGAAACACUACGUGAGAGCACCCACCUCCUGGUCCAGGGCUUCCUUCUACAGAGACUUUGCGAAAAUCCUGAGGAAGUUCAAAGUGGUGAGGUUUACGCACACGGAUUCACGGAUUGUGAACAACGGCCUUGCUCCUUCUCUGCAAAAACUUCGGUGCCGCGCCAAUUACAAGGCGCUCCAGUACAGGAAGGAGAUUGAAGCCCUUGGCAACACCUUGGUUGAUCGGCUGAGAAACGGAUCCGAGCAUUACAUCGCGCUUCACUUGAGGUACGAGAAGGACAUGCUGGCGUUCACAGGGUGCAACCACAACCUGACGCUGCACGAGGCGGCGGAGCUGACGGACAUGCGGCUCAAGGUGCGGCACUGGAAGGAGAAGGACAUCAACAGCGAGGAGAAGCGGCUGCAAGGCGGGUGCCCCAUGACCCCCCGCGAGGCCGCCGUCUUCCUCAAGGCCAUGGGCUACCCUGCCACCACGAAGAUCUACAUCGUGGCCGGCGAGAUCUUCGGCGCGCACAGCUUGGACGCUCUCAAGGCCGAGUACCCCAACAUCUACACGCACUACAGCCUCGCGACGGUGGAGGAGCUGGAGCCGCUGGAGCUCUACCAGAACAGGCUCGCCGCCGUGGACUACAUCGUCGCCCUGCAGAGCGACGUGUUCGUGUACACGUACGACGGGAACAUGGCCAGAGCCGUGCAGGGGCACAGGAGAUUCGAAGGGUUCAGAAAAACCAUAAACCCUGACAGGCUGAAGUUUGUGGAGCUCAUUGACAAGCUUGAUGAAGGCUCCAUGACCUGGGGAGAGUUUCAGACUGCAGUGAGGAAGCACCAUGAGAACAGACUCGGAGGUCCGUAUGACAGAUUACGUGGUGAAAGUCCAAGGCAGGAGGAAUACUUCUAUUCGAACCCAAUCCCCGGGUGCCUCUGCAAAAAGGUUCAGAGGAGCAGAUGAUAUAGAUUUUUCUCCAGUGGAAAUGAUUCAGGCUUCAAAUAUACUGGCAGAUUCAGCAGCUGCAAGUCUGCAACACCCGCGGAUGAUGGUUGGUGAGUGAAGCUUCCUCCGCAUGGCAGGGAUCACCCGAUACAGGGAGAGCUAGCAAACCGCCAGAGACCAGCAGUUUUGAUUAUUUUUCCUAGGCUGACAACAGAUGCAGCUGAAGCCUCAAGAAGGCAGGGGGCCAAGAAGAGGAGUGCAUUGCCAAAGAAAUGUUCAGUCCGAGGGAAGAUGAGAGGAGCAGGAUGUACCUGAAAACUUAAUGUAUAAUCAGUUAACAGGAUAAAUCUGAAUGAAAUGCAAAUCAUGCGUAAUGGAGCUUGUAGCUAACAAUCUGCCAUGCUCUUCGUAUUUCUGAUUGACUUAUUCAUA